AUGAAGAGUUUGAGAGUGCGUGAUAGAAUGAGGUUGGAACUUGGAGUAGCAAGGUUUGGCAACAAUGCACAGCUUGAACGUGGAAACUUCAAAUUGCCACAAGUUGCAACUGCCAGGUUCUUUACAACUCUGCUUUCACCGAAUCAGUGCCUCGUCAAGGAUGAGUCAGCUUAA